AUGCUGCGCCAGUGGUCAGUGCAGUCCGGGCAGGCCCCCGGGGAGCUGGGUCUGGAGCCAGCGGGCGAGCUGUGGGAGCAGGAGAUGGACCGGCUGCGCUCGUCCCGGGAGCCGCUGCGGGCCCUGCCCUACGCCAUGGUGGACAAGCGCUUCAUCCGGCAGCUGCGGGAGCCCAAGGGGGUGAAGACCUCGUGCUGGCAGCGGUGGCAGCGCAGGCGGCAGAUGGCAGGCCGACGUCUGGGGGAGGCGGCGCAGCGGCUGGCCCGGGGCUUUGGGCUCUGGGAGGGGGCUCUCUACGAAAUAGGGGGCCUCUUCGGCACAGGAAUCCAGUCCUACUUCACCUUCCUUCGCUUCCUGCUGCUACUCAACCUGCUGACUCUGCUGCUGACCACCAGCUUGGUGCUGCUGCCCCUGGCCUGGCUCCGCCCCCCCGACCCAGGCCCCGCCCUUAACUUGACCCUCCAGUGCCCUGGUGGCCACCAGCCCCAGACUGGCGUUCCAAAGUUCCAUAAUCAGCUUUGGAAUGUUUUAACUGGCAAGGCCUUCAACAACACCUACCUCUUCUAUGGCACAUACCGGGCAGGGCCGGAGAGCAGCUCAGCAUACAGCAUCCGCCUGGCCUACCUCCUUAGCCCGCUGGCCUGCCUGCUCCUCUGCUUCUGUGGGACUCUGCGGCGGAUGAUGAAGGGGCUGCCACGGAAGCCAUUCCUGGGCCAAGACUACGGGGUGCCCCUCAGCUCCAAGGUCUUCUCCUCCUGGGACUUCUGCAUCCAUGUGCAGGAAGCGGCCAUCAUCAAGAAGCAUGAGAUCAGCAACGAGUUCAAGGUGGAGCUGGAGGAGGGACGCCGCUUGCAGCUGGCACAGCAGCAGUCCCGGGCCCAGAAGGCCUGCCACCUGCUCACCUACCUGCGGGUCAACAUCCUCAUUGGGGUCCUGGUGGUCGGGGCCAUCAGCGCCAUCUUCUGGGCCACCAAGUACUCGCAGGACAAUAAGGAGGAGUCCCUGUUUGUACUGCUCCAGUACCUGCCUCCAGGGGUCAUCGCCCUGGUCAACUUCCUGGGAGCCCUGCUGUUUGCAUUCCUGGUCCAGCUGGAGAACUUUCCUCCCAACACUGAGGUCAACCUCACCCUUAUCUGGUGCGUGGUGCUGAAGCUGACCAGCCUGGGGAUGUACUCCUUCUCACUGGGUCAGACCAUGCUGUGCAUCGGCAGAAACAAGACCAGCUGUGAGUCCCACGGCUACAACGCAUGUGACUACCAGUGCUGGGAGAACUCGGUGGGGGAGGAGCUGUACAAGCUGAGCCUCUUCAACUUCCUCCUGACGGUGGCCUCCUCCUUCCUCGUUAGCCUGCCUCGGAGGCUGCUGGUGGAGCGGUUCUCAGGACGGUUCUGGUCCUGGCUGGACCGGGAGGAGUUCCUGGUGCCCAAGAACGUGUUGGACAUUGUGGCGGCGCAGACGGUCACCUGGAUGGGCCUCUUCUACUGCCCCCUGCUGCCCCUGCUCAACAGCGUCUUCAUUUUCCUCACCUUCUACAUCAAGAAGUACACCCUCCUGAGUAACUCCAGGGCGUCCCGGCGGCUCUUCCGGGCCUCCAGCUCCACCUUCUUCUUCCAACUGGUGCUCCUCCUGGGCCUGCUCCUGGCUGCGGUGCCUCUGGGCUAUGUGGUCAGCAGCAUCCACUCCUCCUGGGACUGUGGCCUCUUCACCAACUACUCGGCCCCCUGGCAGGUGGUUUCAGAGCUGGUGGCCCUCCGGCUCCCACCCACCAGCCAGCGUGCCCUCCACUACCUCGGCUCCCACGCCUUCAGCCUCCCCCUCCUCAUCCUGCUCAGCCUUGUCCUGACCGUGUGCGUCUCGCAGUCCCAGGCCAAUGCGAGGGCCAUCCAUGCGCUCCGGAAGCAGCUGGUGUGGCAGGUCCAGGAGAAGUGGCACCUGGUGGAGGACCUGUCGCGGCUGCUGCCGGAGCCAGGCCCAAGCAAAUCUCCGGGGCUCGACUCCCCUCACUCCCGAGCUUCGCGCCCGCGGUCCUUCUGCCCCGGAUUCCCGUGCCCAGGCUCCCCGGGCCCCAGGUCCCCCCGCCCGGGACCCUCCCUCGUUGAUUCCCCCGGGAUGCGCUCCCCGGGUCCCGGACCGCACGGUGCCCCGGUCCCCGCCUGCAGAUUCCGCUUCCCCAGCGGCACGGAACUGUAG